AUGCAACUUCUGAGGGAGAUCACAGAUAUCAUGCAGCACAAAGCAGCCAUUCUCUGUCCAUCUCUGAAGUUGAAGGAAGAGCAAGCUCACAGUAUGUUUGAAGACCCGAACCUCGCGUGGUUCCUCACCCUUGCCGAUUACGAUGUCUCCUACCGAGAGCUUUGUCUCAGCAGCACCCACUGCUCUGACUACACCCAAGGAGUCGGGGGGUGCACAAACAGCCUGCACUGCAUACCGGGCAAUAAGUAUGGCGAAGUUUGUGACUGGGACCCGAUGAGCCUGAAGGUGGGAACCACAGAGGAUGGCCACGCUGUACUGAACUGGACUAAUAUACCAGACACCAGAGUCGAAGAGGAGGGCAUGGUGGUGGCACUGUUUGAAAACGACCACAGCUCAGACGCCCUCGCCGAAAAAGCUGUCGACGGCCUCACCUCGGGCUCUUUCCCCACUGAAAUAAGUCUGGACGCGGGGCUUCAGGUGAGGCUCCUACUGAAGCCAAAUAAAACUCUCUGGAGAGGCCCAGAGCUUGAUGAUGCCAACGUGUUUGUGACUUCUUUGGACUCGGAGGGGAGGUGUCCUCUGCCCUGUCGUUGUGAGGGGAGGCUUCGCUACUGUGACAAUGCAGAACUCACUGCCGUUCCACAGGAUCUCAUUGGCUCCUCGGGCCUGUCGCUGCGUUAUAACCACUUGCUGUACCUGCCCCAGGGGGCUCUGUUCCAGCUCAACAGGCUGCAGUGGCUCUUCCUGGGACACAACCAGAUCCAGAGCCUGGAUGAGCGGGCUUUCCUCGGGAUGCGCAGGCUCAAGGAGCUGGAGCUGAGCGCCAAUCAGCUUCGGCUGCUGCCCAACAGGACUUUCAGGCCUGUACCGAAUCUCCGGCUCCUUGACCUGUCCACCAAUCAGGUGUCGGCGCUGAGCUCCAGCCAGUUUCGUGGCCUAAGGAAGUUGAUGGUCUUGCGUUUGCGCCGGAACUUGCUCACGUCUGUACCCGUUCGUAUUUUCCAGGAUUUGCGCAAGCUUCGGGUUUUGGACCUCGGGGAGAAUCGUCUGAUAACACUGGCAAGGAAUGCGUUUGUGGGGCUUCUUAGCCUGACAGAGCUGAGGCUGGACCAGAACAGACUCAACCGGGUCAACUUGGGCCUGUUUGCACGCCUCACCUCACUGCGCUCACUCAACUUGAGCCAGAACAACGCUGCUUGGCUGGGCAGAACCCUAUACUGGCACUGGCCCACGCUUGAACACCUGGACCUUUCUCGAAACCGCCUGGAGUGGGUGGAACCUACCGCAUUCUACGGGGUUCCACGCCUUAAGAGCCUCCUGCUGCAUUCCAACCACCUACAGGUUCUUGAACGCAACGUCCUGCAGAACUGGGUCUCACUGGAGAACCUCACACUCUCAGGGAACCCAUGGGACUGUGGACAAAACAUAUGCACCCUGGCAGCUUGGUUAGGCCGUUACCGUGGACAACGAGACAAUGGGCCUGUGUGCUCGAUGCCCGAGGAAGCUAAGGGUGAGAACGUUCUAGAUGCCGUGCAUGCUUUUCAAACCUGUCAGCCUCAUGUUUUGGACUUCAACGCAGAGAAAAACAUUACUGUUGAAAUAAACACCAACACAGAAAUGGACAUCACAGUUGAGACAGACACAGUGGUCAUAACAACAGAAACUGAAUGGUACAUUGUCACAGAGACAACAGAACAAGUUUUAAUGGAGGAGUACAAGGAAGAGGAGGAGGAGGAGGAACAGUACAGUGCAGUGGAACCUUUCACAGUCACUCCUGAUGCCCCUCCACAAAAGAGACACCUUGCAAUGGAAAGGACAAUUGUUGUUUCUACAGUUGGAUUGAGUUAG